AUGGGAGGGAGGUGCAUGCGCAAAAGCAGCAAAGCAAGUCGGUUGGUAGGAACAAGGAGUGAACAUCGGGUUCUACAUCAUCGGGAAUAUACCAAGUCGAAAGUCCAGGUUAUAUUUGUGGGAAUUGGGUCAUGUCCUCGGGGAGGGCGAGUGACGGGGCGGGGGUUACGGCAAGGGUCAGGGGGUGGGACGGGGUCUAUAGAGGGUAAGGGGAACAACGGUGCCUAUAGGUUGAGAAUUGGAUCGUGGAAUAUAGGAACAUUGACGGGUAAGUCUAUAGAGCUGACAAAGAUUCCCCAGAAAAGAAAGGUCAAUAUAGCUUGUGUUCACGAGACUAGGUGGAUAGGAUCGAAGGUGAGGAAUGCCAACGGGUAUAAGUUGUGGUACUUCGUAGGCGUGAAGGGCAAGAACGGAGUGGGUAUUUUGGUGGAUAGGGAGCUUAGAGAGUUAGUUGUAGAGGUUAGGCAUGUGAGUGACAGAUUGAUGACGAUUAAGUUAGUAGUUGGAGGAAGCACUGUGAAUGUCAUUAGCGCUUACGCGCAGCAAGUGAGCUUGGACGAUGAGGUUAAAAGGCGAUUUUGGGAGGCAUUGGAUGAGGUGGUGUGGGGUACUCCGCCUAUGGAGAAGUUAUUUAUAGGAGGGGAUUUCAAUGGGCAUAUUGGGUCGUCUACUGGUGGCUAUGGUGAGGUGCACUGCGGCUUCGACUUCGGGUUAGGAACGGAGGAGGCACUUCACUGUUGGAUUUUGAUAGAGCUUUUGAGUUGGUGA